CUGACCAGCUUCGUCGCGGCGCUCGCGCUGGCGUCGUGCCAGCUGCAGUUCCUCUCCAAGUUUGGCUACUUCUUCCUCCUGACCAUCACGUUCGCCUACCUCUGGGCCUUGCUCUUCCUCAUGCCCCUCCUCGCCACCGUUGGCCCCCGCUCCUCACCCGCCGACGGGCGCGCGGUGCCGCACACGCCGUACAACUCGAACACCACCCGCCGCAAGGCGGUGCCCGACGCCAUCGAGGUGGCAUAGGGCGGAUCCGGGGGGGGGUUAGGGCAAGUCCCUGCCGCCUGUUGUACAUUAGGGGUGAGGGGGGGUUGACAUGAGCCUCCGGCGCGCUAGUGCUCUCUGAGCGCGCGUCGCCGUGGGUGGGAGAGCGACACGAGGUUAGUGCAAGCAGGUGUGGGCACGUGCUCCGCUCGGCUCUGACUGGCGACUGUCCGCUUUUUUAUUGUGUCGCUGAGAGGCGUAUAUAUUGGUCACUGUGUGUUUGAAUAAUGAAAGAUGUUUGGUCGCGUUUC